GUAGUAAAAUACCUUUUCGGACAUUUAUAAAUACACAACAAAAAAAAAAUGUCUACUAACACGGCCGGUAAUUUCACGACUGAUAUGUGUCAAUGAUAAUUUUUUUAUUUCGACAACUAGAUGGCACUACUGAACAUUUCCUAUCGGCGGCAUUUGCGCAUCAUUUUUGCGCAUUUGGGUUAUGGUGGCAUUCAGUACAGAGUAUUUUUAUCUCGUAAAUACGCGUACCGCCAAAACGUACGAUAGAUUUAUUUAUUUAAUAAAAAAAAUGUAAAUACGAUAAUAAAAAUGGAUAAUUCAUACUGCCUAAUGUGGUGUAUAAAUUAUUGUGAAAAUUAAAUUUUAGAGUAAACCAAUAAGCUAAGUUAUUGAGUUUAUAACCUACAAGUGUUCAAUCGUUUUAAUAUUUUUUUACGAAAUAAAAGUUCAAAUUAAAUAAUCAUGGGUUCAUCAGACGAAGAAAAUGAGAUGGAUAAUAGAGGUAUUAAUAUUACUGGAUUUUUAUUCGGGAAUAUUGAUGAAAACGGUCAGUUGGAAGAUGACAUUCUUGAUGACGAUGCUAAACAACAUUUAGGAUCACUUGGUCGUCUUGGAUUAAGUUCUAUUCUUGAUGAAUUAAUGUCAAAUGAUGUAAAAGAAGAAAAAACUAAUAUAAAUAAUGGUGAAAAUCAUGACACAGGACCAAUUACUAAUGGAGAUGAUUAUAGCCAUCAUCAAAAUGAUGAUGACACUGACUAUGAUGCUAAAUCACCUGGAGCAUUAGAUUUUUCAGAUAUCAAUGAAUUAGCAGAUGAUGUAAGUGAAGGAAAUACCGUGGCUGCAGUUAAACCAAAAACUGAAAAAGAAAACACUGAUUAUGAUGCAGAUGAUGAAGAAAACAUUAAUAAAACUGAUAAACAAUUAAUGCCACCACCCCCAGUACCUGAAGAAAAAGAAAAUCUCACACCAGAAGAAAUUGAAGCAGUUCGACAGCGCAAAUUAGAAACUCCUUUAGCUUCAAUGUUACCUUCAAAAUAUGCAAAUAUUGAUGUAACUGAAUUAUUCCCUGAUUUUCGUCCUAAUAAAGUACUUCGAUUUUCUAGAUUAUUUGGGCCUGGUAAACCAAGUAGUUUACCACAAAUAUGGCGAGGAGUAAGAAAACGACGAAAGAAAAAGAAGCAUGACAUCAAAGAUUCUGAUUCAGGUUCAGAUCAAGACGAAAAGAAAUCUAAAUUCAAAGGCUGGGUAAUGAAUUAUGCACCUGAUCCAAAACCUGAAGAAUGUGCUUCGGAUGAUGAAACAAAAUUAUUGAGGCCUGUUGAAGAUAAAGAACAAGCUGGUAAACCUGGGGUGAACGGUGAAAAUGGAGAUUUAGGUCCUAAAGUAGCAGAUUGGCGUUUUGGGCCCGCACAAAUUUGGUAUGACAUGUUAAAAGUACCUGAAACUGGAGAUGGUUUUAAUUAUGGUUUCAAAUUAGUUGAGAAAAAAGAUUCUUGUGAUAAUGAAAACGAAAAAAAAUCAUGUGAAAAUGACGAGGACUUACAAGAGGAUGCAUUUUUGAUGGUAUCUCAGUUACAUUGGGAAGACGAUGUAAUAUGGAAUGGUGAUGAAAUUAAACAUAAAAUGAAAUCAACAAGUAAAGCUAAUGCGGCAGGUUGGGUACCAUCAAGUGUAAACAGAACAGCGCAGGCAUUUAGUCAGCCUGGUAAAAGUGCUCAAGCACCAGUAGCUUUUAAUGUAAAACUGUCAACAUCACAAAUCGUGACACCACUUCAUAUGCAAACACCCAAGAAUAAAUUACCACAAGGAAAAGGAGUUCAACAACAACGAGAAGAUAAUUACGACGAUACCUGGUACUCAAUAUUUCCUGUAGAAAAUGAAGAACUUGUUUAUGGAAUGUGGGAAGAAGAGGUGAUAUGGGAUGCUGAAAAUAUGAAGAAAAUUCCUAAACCAAAGAUAUUAACAUUAGAUCCUAAUGACGAAAAUAUUGUUCUUGGAAUUCCUGAUGAUAUUGAUCCUGCCUUACUUCAUAAAGAAAAUGGACCACAACCUAAAGUCAAGAUCCCCCAUCCUCACGUCAAGAAAAGCAAGCUUUUACUAGGUAAAGCUGGAGUUAUUAAUGUUCUAGAAGAAGAUACUCCACCUCCACCACCUAAAUCUCCUGAUCGUGAUCCCUUCAAUAUAUCCAAUGAUACGUAUUACAUGCCAAGAUCUUCGGAAACAACAUUACGACUUAAAGUUGGUGGUGGAAAUUUAAUCCAACAUAGUACACCUGUCGUAGAACUUCGAGUACCUUUUGUUCAAACACACAUGGGUCCAAUGAAGUUAAGAAACUUCCAUAGGCCAGCGAUAAAACGAUUUAGCCAUGGUCCUCUUGCUCAUCCUGGCCCACAUACUGUUUUGCCGUUACUAAAACACAUUAAAAAGAAGGCAAAACAGCGAGAACAAGAAAGAAUUGCUUCUGGAGGAGGAGAUGUAUUUUUCAUGAGAACUCCAGAAGAUUUAACUGGAAAAGACGGUGAGCUAGUACUUGUUGAGUUCUCAGAAGAGCAUCCACCAUUGAUGAAUCAAGUUGGUAUGUGUUCUAAGGUCAAAAAUUAUUACAAAAGAAAAGCUGGUAAAGAUGCAGGACCACCUAAAUAUAAAUAUGGAGAAACUGCUUAUGCUCAUACAAGUCCAUUCCUUGGUAUUUUAACGCCUGGUCAGAGCAUUCAAGCAGUGGAAAAUAACAUGUAUCGAGCUCCAAUUUAUGAGCAUAAAAUUCCAUCAACAGAUUUUCUGGUAAUUAGAACUCGUCAACAAUAUUACAUCAGAGAAAUUGAUGCAAUUUUUGUUGCUGGUCAAGAAUGUCCUCUUUAUGAAGUACCUGGACCCAAUUCUAAACGUGCAAAUAAUUUUGUUCGUGACUUUCUUCAAGUUUUUAUUUACCGUCUUUUUUGGAAAUCACCUGACACUCCAAGAAGAAUUAGAAUGGAUGAUAUCAAGAAAGCUUUUCCAUCACAUAGUGAAAGCAGUAUAAGAAAACGUUUAAAACUUUGUGCUGACUUUAAAAGAACAGGCAUGGAUUCUAAUUGGUGGGUGAUAAAACCAGAUUUUCGAUUGCCAACAGAAGAAGAAAUCAGAGCUAUGGUAUCUCCAGAACAAUGUUGUGCUUACUUCAGUAUGAUUGCUGCUGAGCAAAGACUGAAAGAUGCUGGAUAUGGAGAGAAAUUUCUUUUUACACCUCAGGAUGAUGAUGAUGAAGAAAUGCAGCUAAAAAUGGAUGAUGAAGUUAAAGUAGCACCUUGGAAUACUACCAGAGCGUAUAUUCAAGCAAUGAAAGGUAAAUGUCUGUUACAACUAGCGGGUCCAGCUGAUCCUACAGGCUGUGGAGAAGGAUUUUCGUAUGUCAGAGUUCCCAAUAAGCCUACUAUUAGCAAAGAAGAACAAGAAGCUCAACCAAAACGAACAGUCACUGGAACUGAUGCUGAUUUAAGAAGAUUAUCGUUGAAUAAUGCUAAGGCUUUGCUUCGUAAAUUUGGAGUUCCCGAAGAAGAGAUAAAAAAACUAUCACGUUGGGAAGUGAUUGAUGUAGUACGAACUCUUUCAACAGAAAAGGCCAAAGCUGGUGAAGAAGGUAUGACUAAAUUUUCGAGAGGUAAUCGAUUUUCUAUUGCUGAACAUCAAGAACGAUAUAAAGAGGAAUGUCAGAGAAUAUUUGAUCUUCAAAAUCGUGUGCUAUCUUCUGCUGAAGUUUUAAGUACAGAUGAAGGCGAAAGUUCUGAUGAAGACAGCUCGGAUAUUGAAGAGAUGGGUAAAAAUAUUGAAAACAUGUUGUCGAAUAAAAAAACCAGUUCGCAAUUGUCAUUGGAGAGAGAAGAGCAGCAACGUCAAGAAUUGAGAAAAAUGUUAAUGGGAGAAUCACAGGAUCAAGAUAAUAAAAAACCAAAAGAAAAGAAAAAAGAUGAUGAAGAAGAUAGUCGUGAUCAAAGUCAAGGUUUCAAUUCACAGCAGGGACGUGUUUUAAAGAUUUAUAGAACGUUCCGUAAUCCUGAAGGCAAAGAAUUCACAAGAGUUGAAAUUGUACGUAAACCGGCUGUUAUUGACACUUAUAUUAAAAUCAGAAACUCUAAGGAUGAGUCAUUCAUCAAACAAUUUGCAACUUUGGAUGAAGCCCAGAAAGAAGAAAUGAAACGAGAGAAGAGAAGAAUUCAAGAGCAGUUGAGAAGAAUUAAAAGGAAUCAAGAGCGCGAGAGAAUGCUUGGUGGUGGCUCUUCUGCCAAUAAUUUCUCUUCGUCUAAUAUGCUUGAUAGGAGCAACACCAAUACUCCUACUACCACCUCAUCCAGUAUCCUUCCAUUUAAUAAUUUCCCAUCCACUUCUUUAGCUUCUAAACAUUCUAAAUCCGAACCUUCUCCAUCUAAACGUAAAAAACCUAAACUUAAACCAGAUCUUAAACUCAAGUGUGGUGCUUGUGGUAAUGUAGGGCAUAUGAGAACUAAUAAAGCUUGUCCAUUAUAUCAGAAUAGCAUGGCUACUACUGCGCCAGUUAAUGUGGCCAUGACUGAGGAGCAAGAAGAAGAAAUUGAAAAACAACUCAACACUGACGAUCAAGAUCUUGUUAAUGUUGAUGGCACUAAGGUGAAACUUUCAUCUAAGCUCAUUAAGCAUGCCGAAGAAAUGAAAAGACGUACAUUGUUACUCAAAGUGCCUAAGGAUGCAGUAAAUUCAAAGAAACGACGUAGAGCUACUGGAGAUGAUCACUGUGAUUAUCUCAAAAGACAUCAAAAGCCUGUUAACAGAAGACGUACUGAUCCUGUCGUUGUAAUGUCAACUAUCUUAGAGAGUAUACUUAACGAAAUGAGAGAUCUUCCAGAUGUUCAACCAUUUUUGUUCCCUGUUAAUGCAAAGGUUGUCCCGGAUUACUAUAAAAUAAUAACUCGUCCAAUGGAUUUACAAACAAUUCGUGAGAACUUAAGGCAGAAAAAAUAUCAGAAUAGAGAAGAAUUUCUCUCGGACGUAAAUCAAAUCGUUGAGAAUUCAACUUUAUACAAUGGAUCUAAAAGUUCAUUAACUGUCGCUGCGAAACGAAUGUUAGAAACUUGUGUCGAAAGACUUGGCGAGAAAGAGGACAGACUGAUGAGGCUUGAAAAAGCAAUUAAUCCACUUCUUGAUGACAACGAUCAAGUUGCACUUACAUUUAUUCUUGAUAAUGUUGUUAAUAACAAACUUAAAUCUAUGGUUGAAGCUUGGCUAUUCCUUAAACCCGUUGAUAAGAAAAAAUUCAAAGAUUACUAUAACAUCAUUAAGAGACCUAUGGACUUGGAAACAAUUGCGAAGAAAGUUGCAGCGCAUAAGUAUCACAGUCGUUAUGAAUUUCUCCAUGAUGUUGAGCAAAUAUUGGAAAAUUGUGCUCUGUAUAAUUCUAAAGAAUCGUCGUUUACAAAGAAGGCAGAAACUCUUGUAAGAGUUUGUAAAGAAACAUUAGACGAAUACAGUGAUCAUUUAACACAACUUGAAAAUAAUAUUUCUUUGGUUCAACAAAGAGCCAUGGAUCAAGCUGACAUGGAUUCAUCUUGGCUUGGACCUGAUGAAGAAAACUACACGAUUGCUGAACCAGAGUUUAGAAGAAGUGAAACAAACUCUCCUGAUAAUAACUUUAGAAAGUCUAAUAUGGAAGAUUUUGAUUUCGUUGAUGUCGAAGGUGAUGUUGAAGCAGAAGGAAGUGCAAAAAGUACAAAGAAAAAAGACGUUCUUGAGGAGGACUUACAAUUUUCUAGUGAAGAUGAGUUUGAUGAAGUUCCAUUUGCAUCAGAAGAUCAACGGGAAACGGGAGAUUUGGAUGCUUUAGAGUUAGGAGAAAUGAGAGAUUGUGAAGAGGUUCCAGCUGAUGAUGACAGUCAACAAGCGGCUGAAGCAAUGGUUCAACUAGGAAAUGUUGGUUUCUAUGUAGGGGAUCAACAACUUAUUCAACAAGAAGAAAGCAUGGAUGUGGAUCCUAACUAUGACCCAUCCGAUUUCCUUUUGGCUGGUUUACCACCAAGAGCAGAAAAAGUUGAAACUGAUAAAAUACAUGAUGAUUUGGCUGUGUCUGAAAGUGAUGAAGAAAUAGAAACUGUAGAGGAGCCAAUAAAGCAAGAAAAUCAACCUCAAAGUCAACCUGAUGAAGAUGGUGAUCUCUGGUUUUAAUCAAUUGUAAGAUAUUUGUAAAAUAAAUUAUUAUAAAUAACAUUGUUAAGUAUACAUUUUUCACGU